AUGGACGCUAAUAAUGUUUUGCGACGAUUAAAAGUAGAGAAGUGCAAAUGGAACUUUAAAGUUAUGACGGAUUUCGGUGACAUGUAUAAAUGUAACCGAUAUUUUAUUUGCGGAAUGCAUAUACAUCGGAGGGAAAUUUAUAUUUUGUUGAGGAAUGGUGACGUUUGUUAUAUUGAUCUAAAUGGUUGGAAGACAGGGAAGGUUUGUAAAUUGGAUAUUCCUUCGCAUUAUCUGAUUACAAAUCCAUAUAUGUUUGGUACUUACAGCGCGAUUUAUGCGGUGUUUCCUGAAGAACAAUUCCAAAUUUACUUUCAAGAAGAAGAACAAAUUGUCGUUGCUUGUCCUGGACUCACUCGUGCUCUAGAGCACGGUCACAUGCUACUCUUGGGUUAUGAAGAUGGCAAGAUCGAGAUUUUCCGUACGGCUAAUCUACGUAAAAGAUUACCACCAGAAAUUCAGUUUAACUUGCAAAGUUAUUCGGAGUCUCUAACGACUAAAAUAAUUGCAUUAGACAUACAUGAGGACAAAAACUGUAACCGUGUCUUCGCUGCAACGGAAUCUAGCGUAUACGAGUUCAUUAUAUGUGAUAAUUGGCGAAUAAAUAAUAACGAUGCAGAGCCUUGA